AUGAUUCUCAUCUAUAUUAUUUUUGGUUUAUAUUAUUCGUUUCUAUCAAUUCAAGCAGUGCAUGUAAGUUCUUGUGCAAAAUGGAAUACAACAGGGAUUACAGUGAUUGGUACAAAUUCACCUGGCAAUGCGUCUAAUCAACUUUAUCUACCACAAGGAAUGUUUCUUCAUAGAGAAACCAAUACAUUAUAUAUAGCUGAUACUAACAAUAGACGUAUUCAAAUGUUUUCACUCAAUUCAGCACCAAGUAUGGGUGUUACUGUAGCAUCUAACAUAGAUUCGAUGUCUGCUAUUUAUGUUGAUGAUGAUGGAUUAACUAUGUAUGUCGCACUUCAAUAUGAAAAUCGUGUUGAAAAAUGGAUAAAAAAUGCCUUAAAUGGUGAACAAAUAGGUGAUCAAUGUAAACAAUGUACAGGUGUAUGGCUUGAUAAAGAGAAAAAUAUUUAUAUGACAGAAUCAGGAACACAUUCAAUACUUAAAUGGUCACCAACAACAAAUACUAAAACAACUAUUGCUGGUCGAACAGAUGAAUUAGGACAAACUGCUGAUAAACUUUAUUUUCCUAGAGGUAUUUAUAUUAAUCGUUUAAAUGAUGCAUUGUAUGUCGCUGAUAUGAUGAAUAACCGAAUUCAAAAAUGGAAUAGAAAUUCACAAGAAGGUAUUACGAUUGCUGGUUCAAAAGAUGGUAUUUCAGGUGAUGAUAAUUCAAAAUUAGCAAGUUCAUCUUAUGUAUGGGUCGAUGAAGAAUCCGAUAUAAUCUAUAUUGCUGAUAGCGACAACAAUCGUAUUCAACGCUGGUUACCAAACCAAUUGACUGGUACUACGAUUGCCGGUGGAGCAGGUCGAGGCAAUGCAGACAAUCAAUUAUCAGUACCAAACUCUUUAGCAUUUGAUAAUCUUGGAAAUCUUUACGUUUGUGAUGGAAAAAAUCAUCGUGUACAAAUGUUUCUAUUAAUUGAUAAUCAAACAUGUCCAACAAGUCCAACAAGUCAUUCUCAUGCUCUAUUUACAAAAAUAACAACAAUUACUCUAAAUAUUCUUAUGUUUUUAUCAUGGAUUAUUCUAACUAAUUCAAAAUUGAACUAA